AUGAGAGUUGACGCUUUCCAUUACCCCGCCCCAUUCUCCCGCUUUCCAUCACCCCGCCCCAUUCUCCCGCUUUCCAUCACCCCGCCCCAUUCUCCCACUUUCCAUCACCCCGCCCCAUUCUCCCGCUUUCCAUCACCCCGCCCCAUUCUUCCUCUUUCCAUCACCCCGCCCCUUUCUCCCGCUUUCCAUCACCCCGCCCCAUUCUCCCGCUUUCCAUCACCCCGCCUCAUUCUCCCGCUUUCCAUCACCCCCCCCAUUCUCCCGCUUUCCAUCACCCCGCCCCAUUCUUCGCUUUCCAUCACCCCGCCCCAUUCUCCCACUUUCAAUCACCCCGCCCCUUUCUUCCUCUUUCCAUCACCCUGCCCCAUUCUCCCGCUUUCCAUCACCCCGCCCCAUUCUCCCGCUUUCCAUCACCCCGCCCCACUCUCCCGCUUUCCAUCACCCCGCCCCAUUCUCCCGCUUUCCAUCACCCCACCCCAUUCUCCCGCUUUCCAUCACCCCGCCCCAUUCUCCGUUUUCCAUCAUCCCGCCCCAUUCUCCCGCGUUCCAUCACCCCGCCCCAUUCUCCCGCUUUCCAUCACCUUGCCCCAUGCUCCCGCUUUCCAUCACCCCGCCCCAUCCUCCCGCUUUCCACCACCCUGCCCCAUUCUCCCGCUUUCCAUCACCCUGCCCCAUUCUCUCGCUUUCCAUCACUCUGCCCCAUUCUACCUCUUUCUAUCACCCCGCCCCAUUCUCCCUCUUUCCAUCACCCCGCCCCAUUCUCCCGAUUUCCAUCACCCCGCCCCAUUCUCUCGCCUCUUUCCAUCACCCCGCCCCAUUCUCCCGAUUUCCAUCACUCCGCCCCAUUCUCCCGCUUUCCAUCACCCCGCCCCAUUCUCCCGCUUUCCAUCACCCCGCCCCAUUCUCCAACUUUCCAUCACCCCACCCCAUUCUCCCGCUUUCCAUCAACCCGACCCAUUCUCCCGCUUUCCAUCACCCCGCCCCAUUCUCCCUCUUUUGAUCACCCGCCCCAUUCUCCCGUUUUCCUUCACCCCGCCCCAUUCUUUCGCCUCUUUCCAUCACCCCGCCCCAUUCUCCCGCUUUCCAUCACCCCGCCCCAUUCUCCCGCUUUCCAUCACCCCGCCCCAUUCUCCAGCUUUCCAUCACCCCGCCCCAUUCUCCCUCUUUCCAUCACCCUUCCCCAUUCUCCCUCUAUCCAUCACCCCACCCAAUUCUCCCGCUUUCCAUCACCCCGUCCCAUUCUCCCGCUUUCCAUCACCCGCCCCAUUCUUUUGCGUUCCAUCACCCCACCCCAUCCUCCCCUCUUUCCAUCACCCCGCCCCAUUCUCCCGAUUUCUAUCACCCCGCCCCAUUCUCCCUCUUUCCAUCACCCCGCCCCAUUCUCCCGCUUUCCAUCACCCCGCCCCAUUCUCCCUCUUUCAAUCAACCCGCCCCAUUCUCUCGCUUUCCAUCACCCCGCCCCCCACAUUCUCCCACUUUCCAUCAGCCCGCCCCAUUCUCCCUCCUUCCAUCGCCCUGCCCCAUUCUCCCUCCUUCCAUCACCUCGCCCCAUUUUCCCGCUUUCUAUCAGCCCGCCCCAUUCCACCGCUUUCCAUCACCCCGCCCCAUUCUCCAGCUUUCCAUAACCCGCCCCAUUCUCCCGCUUUCCAUCACCCCGCCCCAUUCUCCCGCUUUCUAUCACCCCACCCCAUUCUCCCGCUUUCCAUCACCCCACCCCAUAUUCCCGCUUUCCAUCACCCCGCCCCAUUCUCCAGCUAUCCAUCAGCCGCCCCAUUCUCUCGCUUUCCAUCACCCCGCCUCAUUCUCCCGAUUCCCAUCAACCCGCCCCAUUCUCCCGCUUUCUAUCACCCGUCCCCAUUCUCCCUCCUUCCAUCACCCCGCCCCAUUCUCCCGCUUUCCAUCACCCCGCCCCAUUCUACCACUUUCCAUCACCUCGCCCCUUUCUCCCGCUUUCCAUCACCCUGCCCCAUUCUCCCGCUUUCCAUCAACCUGCCCCAUUCUCCCGCUUUCCAUCACCCUCCCCGAUUCUCCCUCCUUCUAUCACCCCACCCCAUUUUCCGGCUUUCCAUCACCCCGCCUUAUUCUCCUGCUCUCCAUCACCCCGCACCAUUCGCCCGCUUUCCAUCACCCCUCCCCAUUCUCCUGCUUUCCAUCACCCUGCCCCAUUCUCCCUCCUUCCAUGACCCCGCCCCAUUCUCCCUCCAUCCAUCACCCCGCCCUAUUCUCCCAAUUUCCAUCACCCCACCCCAUUCUCCCGCUUUCCAUCACCCCGCCUUAUUCUCCCGCUUUCCAUCACCUUGCCCCAUUCUCCCGCUUUCCAUCACCCCGCCCCAUUCUCCCGCUUUCCCUCACCCCUCCCCAUUCUCCCGCUUUCCAUCACCCCGCCCCGUUCUCCCGCUUUCAAUCACCCCACCCCAUUCUCCUGCUUUCCAUCACUCCGCCCCAUUCUCCCUCCUUCCAUCACCCCGCCCCAUUCUCCCGCUUUCCAUCACCCCAACCCAUUCUCCCACUUUCCAUCACCCCGCCCAAUUCUCUCGAUUUCCGUCACCCUGCCCCAUUAUUCCUCUUUCCGUCACCCCACCCCAUUCUCCCGCUUUCCAUCAUCCAGCCCCAUUCCCCCGCUUUCCAUCACCCCGCCCUAUUCUCCCUCUUUCCAUCACUCCGCCCCAUUCUCCCUCCUUCCAUCACCCCGCCCCAUUCCCCCGCUUUCCAUCACCCCGCCCCAUUCUCCCGCAUUCCAUCACCCCGCCCCAUUCUCCCUCCUUCCAUCACCCCGCCCCAUUCUCCCGCUUUCCAUCACCCCACCCCAUUCUUCCGCAUUCCAUCACCCCGCCCCAUUCUCCCGCUUUCCAUCACCUCGCCCCAUUCUCCCGCAUUCCAUCACCCCGCCCCAUUCUCUCGCCCGCCCCAUUCUCCCGCUUUCAAUCACCCCGCCCCAUUCUCCCGCGUUCCAUCUCCCCGCCCCAUUCUCCCGGUUUCCAUAACCCCGCCCCCUUCUCCCUCCUUCCAUCACCCCGCCCCAUUCUCCCUCCUUCCAUCAUCCCGCCCCUUUCUCCCGCUUUCCAUCAGCCCGCCCCAUUCUCCCGCUUUCCAUCACCCAGCCCCAUUCUCCCGCUCUCCAUCACCCCGCCCCGUUCUCCCGCUUUCCAUAACCCCGCCUCAUUCUCACGCUUUCCAUCACCCCGCCCCAUUCACCCGCUUUCCAUCACCCCGCCCCAUUCCGCUCCUUUCCGUCACCCCGCCCUAUUCUCCCGCUUUCCAUCACCUCGCCCCAUUCUCACGCUCUCCAUCACCCCGCCCCAUUCACCCGCUUUCCAUCACCCCGCCCCAUUCUCACGCUUUCCAUCACCCCACCCCACUCCCGCUUUCCAUCACCCCGCCCCAUUCUCCCGCUUUCCAUCACCCCGCCCCAUUCUCCCGCUUUCCAUCACCUCGCCCCAUUCUCACGCUUUCCAUCACCCCGCCCCAUUCUCCCGCUUUCCAUCACCCCGCCCCAUUCUCCCUCCUUCCAUCACCCCGCCUCAUUCUCCCUCCUUCCAUCACCCCGCCCCAUUCUCCCGCUUUCCAUCACCCUACCCCAUUCUCCCGCUUCCCAUCAACCCGCCCCAUUCUCCUGCUUUCCAUCACCCCACCCCAUUCUCCCACAUUCCAUCACUCCGCCCCAUUCUCCCGCUUUCCAUAACCCCGCCCCAUUCUCCUGCUUUCCAUCACCCCGCCAUAUUCUCCCACUUUCCAUCACCCCGCCCCAUUCUCCCUCCUUCCAUCACCCGCCCCAUUCUCCCUCCUUCCAUCACCCCACCCCAUUUUCCCUCCUUCCAUCACCCCGCCCCAUUCUCCCGCUUUCCAUCACCACGCCUCAUUCUCCCGCUUUCCAUCACCCCGCCCCAUACUCCCGCUUUCCAUCACCCCGCCCCAUUCUCCCGCUUUCCAUCACCCCGCCCCAUUCUCCCGCUUUCCAUCACCCCGCCCCAAUCUCCCUCCUUCCAUCACCCCGCCCCAUUCUCCCGCUUUCCAUGA